AUGACACCGUCCUCUGCUCUCGGUCCAUCGUCGCCUUCGCUCGACCAUACCUCGUCUUUUGGCAAGUCUCUCGGUCCGUCUCCUCAUUUGCACGGCCCGUCCUCGUCGUCUAUGGCAUCAUUGGGUCAGAUGGCCGGUGCGACAGAAGCAGUCCACAGCGACGAGGUGUUGAUCCUGGAUAGAGAGGAUCUAGGUCACCAAUCUCCCGUUGCAGCGUUCGAGCCUGCACCUACAGCGUUCGAGCCUGCACCUACAUACGUGGGGAUUCGGGAAGACAAGAAUUGGCCCAGACUCAGAGAAGCCCUGAAGUGGGACUACAUCCGCUGGUUCCAUAUCAAGGACCACAAGGCUCUGAUAACAAAGGACUAUCCAGAAACGCUAAACAAUCAUGGAGCCCUGAGAGAAGAAGUGCGCAGAGCGAGGACGGUCGUCUGCGACCGGACCAAAAACUACAAGAGUAGGAGUCUGAGACUAGCCAAGGUAAGAGCCACACUCUACGAAUCUAUUAUCCAACCUUAUAAGCUGACCCUGAUUGUGUCUAGGAACGAGUUUCGGUAUUAG